AUGGUCACAUCUACCCUCCUGCCACUCCUCCUAUUAAUCAACAGCUUUGCCUCGCUAGCCGCCGCUCAAACAACACCGAUUCCGGUCAUCGGCGUCAAGACGGGUGUCGAUUCCAGCACGGGACAGAGACCAAUCAGGAGGAACAUCAAUGAUCUCUACGCUAGGGGAGGGCCGCAAUGGGACCUCUACAUUUUGGCACUGUCGGAGAUGCAAGCGAUGAACGAGUCGGAGGAGCUGUCGUAUUUCAGUCUGGCAGGUAUUCAUGGGUUGCCGCACGAAGUAUGGAAUGGAGUUGAGCAGGUUGAGGGUGCACCUGAUACAGGGUAUUGUCCUCAUGGAGAAACCAUCUUUGCUCCAUGGCAUCGGCCAUAUGUUGCUCUCUUCGAGCAAACCCUAGUCUCCCACGCCCUCGCCAUCGCCUCGCGCUACCCUCCCUCCCUUUUACCCGCCUACACGGACGCCGCCCGCACGCUCCGCCUGCCCUUCUGGGACUGGGCUUCGGACCCUUCGCUCCCUUACGCAGUGAUGAACGAUAGUAUCAAAGUCGGCAACACGCCCAACUCUUCCUUGGCUUCCUUAUCCCCACCCAACACCAACGGCACCGGCGGCGGGAGCGGUGCGCCUUCGGGAGCGACCUUGCGGUGCAAGUUUGAGGAUUUUGCGGAGGAUAACAAGACGGUGAUUAAGAGGUGGAGCGAACCGUGGGUGGCGGAGGAGGGGAUGAAGGAGGUGGGGGGACAACUGAGGGAUAGUGUGUACGAUCUAUUUGUCCGACCCGACCCCAGAGGAUGGGGAGCUGGGGGAUUUGAGGAUCCUCACAAUACAGUGCACAACAAUGCGGGCUGUGGAAAUGGCACCAUGGCCAACAUUGCUUGGUCGGCUUUCGAUCCUCUGUUUAUGCUUCAUCACGCCAACACGGACCGUCUCAUCGCCCUUUGGCAAGCAAUCUACUACCAAAACGCAACCUUCAAUUACUCAUUCCCCUCCGGCGGCCAGCUUGGUACCAAAAGAGGGACCAUACUCACGGCCGACUCCCCCCUCAAGCCCUUCCACGCCGAGUUCCCUGCCACAAUCGGCAGCGGCAACGCCACACCACCCUCGGACGCGGGAGGUUUCUUCCACACUAGUAACUCGGUGGCGGGCCUACGGACGUUCGGGUACACUUACCCUGAGCUGAACACGGAUUGGCAAACGCCCGACAAGGAUAAACUAGCGGCUCAAGUGAGGCAAGCGGUUAACAAGUUGUAUGGAUCUAGCGACGACGGCAGUGCGGACGAUCAAGGACAAGCGGGCGUUUCAGAACGGAAUGUUGACUCAGACACGCUAGAUGAGGAGGAAGAUGACACCGAGAACGACGGCGGAAAGAAAACCGUGGAGAACAACAAGAUUACAUUCCGUCGCUCUCGGUCCCGAUCACGGUCACGGUCUCUUUCUGCCUCCUCCAACUACAAGAAGAACGAAGAAGAGGCAGAAGGCACCACAACCACAAGCAGAGACGACGGCAAACAAACGGAAGAAAACAACAAAAUCACGUUCCGCAGUUCUCGGUCCCUUAGCAAUUCCAACUCCAGUCCCAAAAAGAACAUGAAACAAAAGCGACAAACCUACGGCAGCCAAUCUCCUACUAAAAACUACUACUACACCGCCGAGCUCUCUGUCGACCGCUCCGAAGUGCCUCUACCCUGCACCAUCUCCCUGAUUGUCAACGGGGUGGUCAUGGGCCGCAUGGCACUUUUGGGCAUGCCGAUGGAGGGAAUCGCGAAGGCUAGCAUGCCGUUGGCGAGGCCGCUUAAGAAUGUUGUGAAGAUUGGAGAACAGCAGCAAGGGUCUCAAAGUCAAAAGAGGGGGGUGGACGAGGAUGAGAAGAUGGUUGGUGGUAAGAGGAAGGGGAGGUGGCCUUCAACGUCUAGGCAUUCAAAUAUCGAGAAGGUGAAGCCGAAGAGGGGGUUGGGACACGUGGAUAUGACUCCUAAGAAGAUCAUUCCGUUCUUGAAGGGAAAUAUGACUGUUGAGAUUCGAUCGAACGACCAAACCCUAACCGACCCAUCCACCGUCCCCUCUCUCCACCUCGAGAUCCAAGACUGGGAAUACUUCCCCCGCAAAAACGCGAGCGAGUUCCCCAUCUUCCAGAACCCCCGAAAAUGGCCGAUGGGGAUUCGGGGACCGGGAGGACAUGGAGGGUACGGCGGAAGGGGACACUAAGUACAUACAGCAGCUCGAGCAGUUCCAGGUUGUUUCG